AUGUUGAUAAUUGAAGCAUUAAUUGCGUUUACGCUUAGUGUAUAUUUGAGCAAUGCUCAGGACCCUCAGUUUCCCUGGCAGAUGCCGAAAUAUCAGGCCGGUGGUUUAUCAUUUAUACCCGCUCUACCUCCACUGAAAGAACUCCCCCAGCAAGAGCUGUAUUACCCCCAGCAGGUGUUUCCUCCCGACAUGAGGGACCCUCAGGGGCUGUUGUCCUCCUCUGGGUCUCAGCGCUGUGUGGUGGAGCAGUUUGAGCGCAUUGAGUGUGGAGAGCCCGACAUUACCCCUGCUGAAUGCGAGGCCAUCAGCUGCUGUUAUGAUAGACGGAGCUGUUAUUAUGGCAAGGCAGUUACCCUGCAGUGCUCAAGUGAUGGGCAUUUUGUAUUGGUGGUUUCUCGAGAUGCCACACUGCCACGCAUCAGUCUAGACUCCAUCCAAAUGCUGGAGAAUGACCCCAGUGGACAAUGCGCUUCUGUUGCCAGUACUGCCAACUUUGCCAUCUAUCAGUUUCCUGUCAGCUCCUGUGGCACCAGAAUGAAGGAAGAAAGCGGAUAUGUUAUUUAUGAGAACAUGAUGUCAUCGGUGUACGAAGUGGGCAUUGGACCCCACGGAUCCAUCACAAGAGACAGUGCUUAUGAACUAAAAUUCCAGUGCAGGUAUUCAGGAACUGCAGUUGAGGCUCUUGUGGUUGAGGUAACUACGGUUCCCCCUCCUCCCCCUGUCUUGCAGAAAGGCCCUCUGAGAGUGGAGCUCAGACUUGCUAAUGGACAGUGCAGCACUAAAGGAUGUUCUGAUGAAGAUAUGUAUACCUCGUACUACUAUGAGACGGACUACCCUGUUACUAAAGGAUUGAGAGAACCGGUGUAUGUGGAGGUGCGGAUUCUGGAGCGUACGGACCCAAAUAUCGUCCUAGUCCUGGACCACUGCUGGGCUACAUCCUCCCAGGAACCCCUGAGCCUGCCCCAAUGGGACCUAGUAGUUAAUGGCUGCACUUAUAAGGAUGACCAUUACUUGACCACGAUGCUUCCUGUUGGAGAGUCAGGGCUUCAGUACCCAUCUCAUUAUAGACGCUUCGUCAUGAAGAUGUUCACCUUCGUAAACCAGUCGUCUCUUGUGCCUUUGCAGGAACCAGUCUUCAUUCACUGCUCUACUUCUGUUUGCCACCCCUCUGCCACUGAGUCCUGCGAGCCCAGCUGUGGCAGGACACGAAGAGCAAUCUCACAUAAACGGGAGGAUUUUGAGGAAGUUUUGGUUUCGAGUGGCAAGGUCAUUCUUCUCUCUGAUUUGCUAGUUUCUGAGAGUCUAUCGGAGAAAGAAGGUAAAAAUCCACCAUUUGUGAACACUUGUACAGUCUAUGUUCAACAAGCUGGCAUCUAUCUGAAAAUGUUUGACCUCUUCUAGUUCCACUGACAUUAC